GACGCGGGGCCCGGGGCCGAGCAGUGCGCCACGCUGGUGCAGGGCAAGUUCUUCGGGUACUUCUCGGCGGCCGCCGUGUUCCCCGCCAACGCCUCGCGCUGCUCCUGGACGCUGCGCAACCCGGACCCGCGGCGCUACACGCUCUACAUGAAGGUGGCCAAGGCGGCGGUGCCCUGCGGCGGCCCCGGCCGUGUCCGCACCUACCAGUUCGACUCCUUCCUGGAGUCCACGCGCACCUACCUGGGCGUGGAGAGCUUCGACGAGGUGCUGCAGCUCUGUGACCCCUCGGCGCCCCUGGCCUUCCUGCAGGCCAGCAAGCAGUUCCUGCAGAUGCUGCUGCGGCAGCCGCCCCUCGAGCGGGGCUCCCGGCUGCCCGCCGCACCCCAGAGCCCCGGCCACGACUUCUCCGUGGAGUACCUGGUCGUGGGCAACCGCAACCCCAGCCGGGCCGCGUGCCAGAUGCUGUGCCGCUGGCUGGACGCCUGCCUGGCGGGCAGCCGCAGCUCGCACCCCUGCGGCAUCAUGCAGACCCCCUGCGCCUGCCUGGGCGGGGACACGGGCGCACCCGCUUCCGGCUCCCUGGCCCCCCGUGGGGACGUCUGCCUGAGGGAUGGCGUGCCUGGUGGCCCCGAGAACUGCCUCACCAGCCUGACCCAAGACCGGGGCGGGGACGGCGCGCCAGGUGCCCUCCCGGGUGGCCCUCUGGGGGCCCACCUGCGCGUCCCCAGGCGUGGGGCUGUAGUACGCCCUCCGGAAGAUCUCUGUCAUGUUCCUCAGGACGUCGAUGGUGGAGAGAAGGUCCCCACUGUAGCUGGUCCCAUCCUGGGAGAUCUCCACCAGCGUCUGGAUGACCUCGGAGACCCCCUCCCCGGGCAGCCCACGCUGAGCCUUCGCCAGGUGCUCCCGGGUCUGGGGAGACGGAGGGGGUUGGGGGCCAUGAUUCUGCAGGGUCCAUCGAGGCGGGCCGACAGUCCCCACACUUGGGCCUUUGCAGCCCCCGACCAGCCGUGGGGGCCCCAGGGCCAGGUCCGAGAUCACAGUGCCAAAGUUGUCCUCGUCACAGAUCUCGUGGGGCUCUGCCAGGGGCCGAGGUGGUGGGUGCGGGAGGGUGUGGGGUGGGGGACCGUGAGCGGGCAGCAGCCUCGGGACGGCCACGACACCCCCGGAACAUGCGCCGUCCCGAGGCUGUCCCGGCGAAGCGAAGCCCACCCCGCUGCCCAGGGCCCCCCAGAGCCCCGCCGCGGCAGGAGGACCCUCACCAGGGCACCGCUGGGCGCUGCACUGCCGGUCACGCUGCAGCCGCCCCACGACGCCCAGGCCUGCCACUUCCCAUCCACUGCAGGCCACAGCCAGGCGCGGGGCACGCAGAUGGCCACAAGGUCCAGCAGCCACAGGGGACCAGGGGCCCCGUGGCUCACGCCCGUCAGCCCCCGGACUCCCACACCUCCCGGGGCCCACGCCGUGCUCUCUGUCUCCCUCUCUGUCUGUCCCUGCGGUGUCCGGGCUGUUCCCUCUGCCCCAGUCCUCAGCAUCCAUAAGCUCCCGGCCAGCGGAGCCACAGACAUCAGCUUCCCCAUGAAGGGCUGGCGGGCCACCGGCGACUGGGCCAAGGUGCCAGAGGACAGGGUCACUGUGUCCAAGAGUGUCUUCUCCACGGGGCUGGCAGAGGCUGACGACUCGUCCGUGUUCGUGGUCGGCACCGUGCUCUACAGAAACCUGGGCAGCUUCCUGGCCCUGCAGAGGAACACGACCGUGCUGAACUCCAAGGUCAUCUCAGUGACCGUGAAGCCCCCGCCUCGCUCCCUGCUCACACCCUUGGAGAUCGAGUUUGCCCACGUGCACAACGGCACCACCAACCAGACCUGCAUCCUGUGGGACGAGUCGGACGUGAGCCCAGGUUAUGUGGCCAAAUCCCACCCUCUCAGCCACAGACCCCCGUCCCCCGCUCCGGAACCUCAGCAGUGUGGCUCGGGGCCCCUCGGCCGCAGCCCCCUCCUAGCCUGGCCCCGUGGCAGCGGCGAGGGCCUGCAGAGUGGGGGUGUCAGGGAGGGAAAGGGGUGCUUGCGGAGCUCCGUUCAGGAGGAUGAGCGGAGGCUGAGUGCAGAAAGGACGGGCGAAUGUGAGCCCUGCCCCAGCGACACAGUGGGUGUGGACGUGGCCGAGAGCGUAGCAUCCAUGGCGACACAGGGAGGGGAGGCUCUCGGGACCUGCCUGGUAGAAUGGGGUCAGCACCGUGUGGCACAUGGCCGGCCGCCGUCUCCUCCCUCCUCCUGGAGCCUCGCUGUCCACCUCCCAGGCCCACCGGUGCCACCGGCUGCCAGGGCUCUGUCCAUGCCGCCCUGCAUGGGCAUUGGCCCUGCUGCACCUGUACCUGAUCAAGGUACCCGCCAGGGCACCGCCCUCACACAGCAGCUAAUGGGCGGCAGGAGGCAGGGGUCUGACCUGCUGUUGUGGAGCCAGGACAUACCCAGCGAGUUGGCGCUGUCCUCACCCUACUCCGGGGGCCUGUGGGAGAAGGGCCUCCCUAGCUGGCACUGUGGCCUGUGGGGACUGCUCGUGCCCAGGGCCUCACUGCAGACACCCCGGGAAGCAGGGGGCGGUGGGAUGGCCCUGAGGUGGCCCACGUCACGGGCCCUCAGGAGCGAAGGGAACGGGGGACGCCUGGAAGCGGGCACCGAGGAAGCCUGCCGCCUGGUGGAGAUGGGGGCCGCCAGCCAGCGUCUGUCACCCGGGAGACGUGCGGAGGUGACGGCAGUUGUGGCCGUGAUGCCAGCCGCGGAGCUGGGGGGCAGGGUCCUGGCCUGCCUGGGAGAGGGCGGACCAGGAGCUGCCGCCUACCUGGGGGACCGUCCCCAACCUCCCCAAGUAGACCUGGGCUCUGGAGGCAGCGUGGCCCCAGAGCAGCUGAGGCUGAAGAACAUGGAGAAGGUGAUCGUGCCGUCGGUGACGCUCAUCGUGGGCUGCGGCGUGUCCUCCCUCACCCUGCUCAUGCUGAUUAUCAUCUACGUCUCCGUGUGGAGAUGCCAGCUGGCCUGCUCCCCAGCCAAGUGCCUGCCCUUGGGCCCCGCAGCCCCCAAGUUCUGUGUCCUGCCACACAGAGGUGCCAGGUCUUCUCUAAGCCCAGAGUCCGGUCUCAGGGCGAGAACCUCCACAGGCAUCCCCAGGCCACAGGGCCGCAGCACGGACCCUGGGCCACUCCCCCUGCCAAGCAGGGUGCGCUGCCAUGCCCCCGGCCCCACAGGCCCUCACCCCCUUCCACCUCCUGUCCCCUCCCCUUACUCCAGCCCCUCAGGGGCUUCUGGGUCACACUGCGCACCCGCCUCACCCACCUCUGGGGCUGGAAGGAGGCAGAGGGCGGACAGGGCUGGGAUGGUGGGCUCACCGACUCCCUUCCGUUCUGGUCCUUCCUCAGGGCUCCCUGCGCUGGUCGUGGCCAUUUCUGUGGGAUUCACCAAGGCCAAAGGGUACAGCACCAUGAACUACUGCUGGCUCUCCCUCGAGGGGGGACUGCUGUAUGCCUUCGUGGGACCCGCCGCCGCUGUUGUGCUGGUGAACAUGGUCAUUGGGAUCCUCGUGUUCAACAAGCUGGUGUCCAAAGACGGCAUCACGGACAAGAAGCUGAAGGAGCGGGCAGGAACACACCGUCCCCGACGCCCACCUCAGCAGGCCCGGGGCCGCACACCUGUCAGAGCACGCGGCCAUCGGGACGCGGCGCUGGCUCCAAGCGGGGCACUGUUCCACUGGCUUCCUGCAGUGACCCCUCGGGCAGGUGCUCCUGUCCCACUCUGGCUCCGACAGCCCAGCCGCAGCCGGAGGCAAAGACCCGAAGGUUCUGAUGUUGGACCAGCCCCGUGGGCAAGCUCCCACCACAGCCUCCCUGACACGUACGUGUCCAGCCCAUCCUGCGUGUCCACGCUGAUAUCCUGGGGACUUGGAGGAGUCCCAGGGCAGCUCGAGGCCAGCACAGGGCCGGUCGCCUCGCUGGGGCGUGAGCGCUGGCCCCACCUGGGCUCUGGGCUCCGGCCCUCGGCUGCCCGGCCCUCGGCUGCAGGAAUCCUGCACCAGGGGCAGCACAUGGUGGCCCUGAAGCGUCCGCUCCCUGAGGUGGGGGCUCUGCUCGCCGCGGCCCCCAGCACGCAGAGCAGGCAGCCCCGGGUGAAGGUGCCCGGCCUCUGCUCCUUUGUGCCCACCGACCAGCACACCCUGCAGGGACAGGCCACCUCUCCCCUAGCGGCUCCUCCCUGCUGUCGCGCUCUGUGCUGGCCGCCUGGGUGGCCCCUGGCACGGAGCCGCCGGCCCCGCCCUUCUGAAGAGCCCGUGGCCAUAACGGGUGAGGUCUGCGUUCAGUGCCACCACAGAUGCACCGUCCCAGGGCCCUCGGGACGCUCGGGUGGAGCGCCUCCAGGGCAGGAAGGGAAGCGGAGGCGUGUCACUCGGGGCACCCACGCUCGGGGUAUGGGCUCCGGGCCCCUCCUCAGCCUGACUGCCCGAUCUCACGGACACACUGCCCCCGGGAGGGAGGCAGCGCCUGCUCAGUGGGCCCGGAACUCCCUGGAUUUGGAAUUUUUAUACGGCAAAGGGCACAGAGAGAAUCUCAGAGGCGGGAAGGGCGGCUGGCCCCUCGCCUUCCCGCCCUCCUGCCGGGCAAGCAGCCCAGGGCUGCCAGUGACUGCUCUGCUCUGUCCCCAGGUUCAGGACGCCGUGAAGUGCCGCGUGGUGGACCGGCAGGAGGAGGGCAACGGGGAUUCGGGGGGCUCCUUCCAGAACGGCCACGCCCAGCUCAUGACUGACUUCGAGAAGGACGUGGAUCUGGCCUGUAGAUCAGUGCUCAACAAGGACAUCGCAGCCUGCCGCACGGCCACCAUCACGGGCACGCUCAAGCGGCCGUCGCUGCCCGAGGAGGAGAAGAUGAAGCUGGCCCCCGCCAAGGCGCCCCCCGCCCACUUCAACAGCCUGCCGGCCAACGUGUCCAAGCUGCACCUGCACGGCUCGCCCCGCUGCCCGGGCGGCCCCCUGCCCGACUUCCCCAACCACUCCCUGACCCUCAAGAAGGACCGGGUGCCCAAGUCCUCCUUCGCUGGUGAUGGGGACAUCUUCAAGAAGCUGGACUCGGAGCUGAGCCGGGCCCAGGAGAAGGCCCUGGACACCAGCUAUGUAAUCCUGCCAACGGCCACGGCCACACUGCGGCCCAAGCCCCCCGAGGAGCCCAAGCACAGCAUCCACAUCGACCAGAUGCCCCAGACCCGCCUCAUCCACCUCAACAUGGCACCUGAUGCAGGCCUCCCCGCCCGCAGCCCCCCCUCCCGCCAGCCCCCAGGGGCGGGGCCUCCGGAGGCACCCCCCGCCCAGCCACCCCCGCCCCCACCACCCCCACCCCCACCACCCACCCUGGAGCCAGCGCCCCCCAGCCUGGGGGAGCCCGGGGAGCCUGCUGCCCACCCAGGGCCCAGCUCGGGGACCGGGACCAGGAACGAGAAUGUCACCACCUUGUCCGUGAGCUCCCUGGAGCGGCGGAAAUCACGAUAUGCAGAACUGGACUUUGAGAAAAUCAUGCACACCCGGAAGCGGCACCAGGACAUGUUCCAGGACCUGAACCGGAAGCUGCAGCACGCAGAGAAAGACAAGGAGGUGUUGGGCCCCGAGAGCAAGCCAGAAAAGCAGCAGACGCCUAACAAGCGGCCCUGGGAGAGCCUUCGGAAAGCCCACGGGACGCCCGCGUGGGUGAAGAAGGAGCUGGAGCCGCUGGCGCCCUCCCCGCUGGAGCUGCGGAGCGUGGAGUGGGAGAAGUCGGGCGCCACGAUCCCGCUGGUGGGCCAGGACGUCAUCGACCUCCAGACCGAGGUCUGAGCGGGUGGGCGGCGGCCACGCACCGGCCCGAGGAGGGGAUGCUGCCCCCGCCCCGCCCCGCUCCCGCCGCAGGACGGGCACAGACACGCUCUCGGGCUGCGGGCCAGGCCCGCGCCCCGGCCUCAGGGCGCUCGAACGGCGGCCAGGCGGAGGCCCGCAGUGCUGGGACCAGAGCCAGAGGGGACAGGAGGCACCGGCGGCCCGGGUGGGCACAGGGCUCCAGAGGCCCGAAGGUGCCUCAGACUCUGCCCUCCUCCAGCCCGGCGCCGGCGGGCAGGCGGGCGGGCAGCCGCGGACAGUGGCAGGGCCGGUGCGGCCAGCAUCCCCAGGACGCCUGCCAGAGCUGCCACGGCAGAGGACCAGCCUGCUUGGCCCAGCUGGCCUGGCACCAUUUUUUAGACACCCCUACCCUUCGGGAAGCAGCCAGCCCCACACCCACACACCUUUCCAGGGCCCGGGGCCCCUCCCCAGACCCAGGUGGAGAGCACAGCCCUCUCUCCCACCUGUGCUGACCCCAGGGGCAGGACUAGAAGCCCACUCCGGGAAGAAGCAGGGGUGGGGAAUCUAUUUUUUCUCUCCUUUUCUUUUCUUCAAUAAAAAGAAUUAAAAACCCACA